GAAACUGAACAGGCGAGAUUCAAGAAGCAGGCUGAUACCGCAAUGUCAGACGAGGAUUUUUCUCUGGUUUUGGAGCCUUCGGAGGAAACUUUGGAAGGACUCAGAGCUCUGAUCCAGAAUGAGAAGGAUAAAUUGUCUCAGUUGGAGCAGGAACAGAAGGACUUGGACCAGAGCAUCAGAGAGACUCAGAAUCUGACCCAACAGUUCAGAGUACGGACUCAGAAUCUACAGCAAGACCUGGACCUGGACCAGAUCAGGACCAAGGACCAGGAGGCUCAGGACCAGGAGCAGUUAGAGUUGGGGAAACAGGAGGAGCAGGAGCUGAAGAUGGAGUUGGAGCAAGUUUAUUCUGAACUUUCUGAGGAAGAAGCAAAGAUGGAGAAACUGAGAGCACGGGUCGACGUGUUCUCUGGAGCUCCAGAGCGCUCGGUGGUCUUCUGUGGCCACACGGAGAGACCUGGGAAGGGGCCGCUUUUUAACAUGGAGCCUCUGGUGGAGUACCCGAUGGAGGGUGGAACCGCUUUCAUCAUCUUUGAGGAGGAAGAGGUGGCUCAGAGGAUUCUAUCGAUGCACAAACACAAAGUGGAUCUGGGAGGAGAGUUUCAUCUGAAUGUCGAGGUCCGACCAGUAUCCAUAAUCCUCCCCUCCUCCGUACAGGUGCAGGCGCAGGUGUGUCCCCGUCGCAUCCUGGUCUCGUGCCUGCCGCAGAUGGACAAAGCGAGGCUGGAGGACAAACUCUACAUCCACUUCAGCCAGGCCAAGAACGGAGGAGGAGCGGUGGACGAGUGGCACGUGCAGGAGGAGAGCGGCACUGCGGUCAUCACCUUCAUGCAAGACAACAUCGCCAAAGGUCUGACUGAUGUUGAGUUCCAUGAUGUGAAACUGUCUGAGGGAACAAACAGGGUCAGAGUCACGCCCUUCAUCAACGGGAACGUCACCGACCUACAGACACGCUUUAAGCUCUGCCAGAGGACUGUCCUCCUCACUGGGAUCCCAGACAUCGCUGACCCUGAGACCCUCCAGGACCUACUGGAGAUCCACUUCCAGAAGAAGACCAGCGGAGGGGGCGAGAUCGAGGCUAUCCUGUACUGCCCGGUGGGACAGACCCGCACGGCCCUGUUUCAUACACCCCAAAAGGACAAGUGAACCGGGGACAUGACGAGGGGGCAAGGGUAGGGGGAGAGGGGGGGCUAUCCUGUAGUGCCCGAAGGGGCAGACCCACACGGCCCUGUUUCAUAUGUCCUGAAAGGAUGAGUGAACCAGGGCCAGAGGAGGGGGAGUGAGAGGUAUCUUGUAGUGCCCGAGGGACGCCUCUCAGUGAGGGACUUUCAUGUUUCACUGAGCGCUCUGCAAAAAAAUGAAUAUUUGAAUAACUUUGAUAUAAUAAUAAUCACUGCUAAUAGUGAACAAAACCUUUUAAUUUAAAAUACAUUUUAAAAGUUAAAGUUAUUCUAUAUUCUAAAUAUCUCUUGGUUUAGGUUUACAAUAUACUUUUUAUGGAGUAAAAGUUUAAUUUAAUUAUGCUCAGAUUACAGGUCAGAAGGCUAUAGGUGUUUGGACUCCACAGUAAAAGUGAAGCUAUCGUCACUGAGUGCGUUUACAUGCACUUGAGUCUCCCAGUUAAGAGCCGUACCCCGGACGUCCCAGUGUGGCACAUAACACAGAUACGGUGAGGAGCUAAACACGUCGCAACUUUACUGUUAGAAACAUGAUAAAAAGCCUCAAGUUUGCAAAGACAGAAGAUAUAGAGUCAAAUAAGAACAUGAGACUGCGGAGCUGUCACAGCUUCAGCUUAAUUUAAGACCGACACACACACACACACACACAGAGACACACACACACAUACAUACGCACACACACACCGACACAGAGACACACACACAGAGACAAAAACACACACACAUACACACACACACACAGAGACACAGACACACACAGAGACACACACAGACAGAGAGACACACACACACACAGACACACACACCCCCCCACACACAGAGACACACACACACAGAGUACACAAGUAGAUUUAUACUUUAUUAAUAUUAAAACUAUAUUGAACUUGUACCAGGACUUAAGUAAUAAUAUUUGCAUUGUUUUGGGAAAGUUGCUGCUCGUGUUCGUGACUUCAGUUCGCACAUGCUCAGUACAGCUCCAGUGGAGAGAAAUCAGGAUACUGUGUUUACCUGCCAGUGUCUGGAAUACUGUCAGAAUAUCCCAGUAAACCAGGACACUGCAUUUAUAUAGACCCACACCAAACCAGGAUACUCCAGAACUCGAUCAGCUGGAUACUCGAGCGCAUGUAAACGCACUCAGUGUUUCUUGACUUCAAAUUCUCAGAUCCAUCUCAAAUGUUUUUCUGUAAAAGUUUUAAAUUGAAUAUUUUAACUAUUGUGACUUUAUUGUGAAGUUUAAUAAGCUGCUGUAAUGAACUAGAGCUGUCAUGGCACUAAGGAAUAGGCUCGAUGCUCGAUUCUGAUACCGCUAUGAUAAUAAAAAUGCUCUUUCUUUAAACAACAGAAUGUGAUUUUCCACAUUAAAUGGUAGUACUUUCUUUUAUAUUCCCAUGUGAACUUAUAUCUGUGUAAUCCCUUAGGCUUAGUUCUUUUUUUCAAACAGAAAACACUCUGUUCCACUUUGUGAUGUCAUGUGGUGAUACAGGAAGUGCUCCACUGUGUUUUUAAACACACACCUUCACUAGAAUCAUUUAGAUCAUUUCAGACCUGGAGUUACCAAUCUCUAUUGAACUAAAGGUAAAAGGAGCUGUUAACUUGAAGGUGGAACAGAGCAUUUUGAACUUUGGAGAUGUAGACAGACUAAUAAUAAAGUGUUACUCAAACGUGAAUGAAACAAAACACAACUCCAGGUCUGUUUUUGAGGAGGUAACAACAUUAUAACGUGGGUUAAAGCUCACGAGAGUAAAUUUUGUGUAAUAUAGGACCUUUAAAAUUCAAAAUCAGACAAAACAAAUUAUCUUCCAUUACAUGGUUCUGGUUUCCAAAGAUCAAAUUUGUGAGAGGGAUAUUAACAUUUUCGUUUUAAAAUGAAUGAGAUACACAUUUUUUCAAACAGAAAUAGAUUUUAAUGUAAAAACGGUCAAAUGUAACAGCACAUUUUAUAAAAGGAGAAUAAAGUUUCACUAAAAUAAACCCAAACAUUCCAGCGUUUCCAAAGCAGCAGGAGGCACUUGAACACAGCAGAGGGGCCGCUCCAACAGGGCUGCACCACACCACAAGAAAGUUAAUUUUAACCAUACGUUUUACCGUAUUCUAAGUUUUGCAGUGUUUUUAAUCAAAGUUCAGUUUCACAUUUGAGAGACUGAAAUCAGAACUUUAAACUAAUCCAAGGAUCGCAUGCAUUUCAGAACAUGUUUGUAGAGGUCUAAACUACAGGGUUAGCAGCUUUCACACAGAAUAAGACCCCGUGGAGACACAGGGAGGGCAUCUGACACACGGGGACAUUUCAGAGCAUGUUUGUAGAGGUCUAAACUACAGGGCAGUAGAAGCUUUUACAUAGAAAAAGACCCCUGGAGACUCAGGGAGGGCACUGAUACAUAGGGAAGGUCAUCUGGCACAGGGACAUUUAGUGGGUCCAAACCAGAUCUAACUGAAGUCUAAACCAGGACUAAAACAGGUCUAACUUAGUCCUCUUUCAGACCAGGUUAAGUGCUAACACAGAACUAAACCAAGACUUUAAAAAUGGGUAUAAACUUUAAACUAAUCCAAGAAUCACCUAUAUUUCAGAACAUGUUUGUAGAAGUCUCAACUACAGGGUUAUAGAAGCUUUUAUAUAGAAUAAGACCCCAUGGAGACUCAGGGAGGGCAUCUGACACACACAUAUAGGUAAUUGUAACUAUUCAAAUUUAGGUUUUGAAAAAUUAUACCAAUAUUUAAUUUUUUUUUCUUCCCCUCGUAUCGUGCAGCCCUGAUUUACAUUCAAAUAAACAGGGACAAACCAAAACAAUAAUUUUAAAUAAAACACAAAUAAAACCAACACUUUUAUACAGUGUGCGCAACCGUUUAUAAUCUCAAAACGAAACAAAAGUCCACACGAGCUGAAACGGAUUCAUUCAGAUUUUUUUUUUUUUUUUUAGAUCAUAUGAAUUUAACCAGUUUAAAGCUUACACCUGUACUUACAUUGUCCAGUCCAUGUUUUAUAUUUUUAAGCAGGUCAGUCCUUUCAUUUUUUUUCCAUAGACUUUUUCCAGAAAAUUGUAAUAUUUUUUCCACCUUUGAGGCUCAAAACACUUUACAUUUAGGAACCACUCACCCAUUCACACACACAUUCAUGCACCAGUGAACACAGACACUGGGGCGAGGUGGUUUAAGUGUCUUGCCCAACGACACAAAACAGCAUUCAUCUGUGGGAGCUGGAAUCGCACCGGCAACCUGUGGGUCAAUGGAUCUGGCCGCUCUAACAAUGAUGUUUUUGUCGAGAGUGGGUUUGGAACCUUUAGAUGAGGAUGAGCACUUACCGACUGUGUUUUUAUAACUUUAGCAGUUUAUAAAGCUCAAGUAUAUUAUAUCAUUUUACUCUAUGAGAAAAAAAAAUAAUCGGAAAAUUACUCAAUGAACAAGGGGCUAACAGCUGCUCUGGGGCUAAAUGACAGAAAAGUGGCUGCUAAUCUGUGCCAUCUGCCCCUGUGACCACCAGCACACACCAUCACCACACUUACCCAGGCAAAGUGUCUUGCCCAAUGACACAAUUAUAUUAUGAAUGAGCGGGAUUUUAACUGACAACUUUGUGAAUAUUAGAAGAUUUUUACCACCUUCAAAAGCAAGAUUUAAAUUCUGAAUAAAUGUGAUUUCAGCUCGUGUAGAAAUUUUUUUUUUGCAGUUUAAAUUUUGGUGCAAAUUUAUCUUCAUCUUUUCCCCUCUUCUUAAAACAGUGCCUUUUCCAGUGUUGACACAAAGAAUUAUAUUUUUACAUAACAGUAACAGUAACUACGGAUCUACCAACAUCGACACCACUGUUCUGAAAUAUUACCAUGUUGUCAUCAUGUUUUUUUCUGUUCAAACUAAAAUACAAACUUGAACUGCUGGGAUGGUCGAGUCACUGAUAUCACCACUAGAGGGAGACACACUACAAAAAAGUGUCAAACGUGAUUUUAAAAUGAAUUUUAAAGGAGCUGUAUGUACACUGCCUCUUAGCGUUUAAAAUGUCCAAUGUUUUUCUAAUGAAGAAUAAAUCAGCGUUACAAUAGUUCUCAGUAAAUGUUCUAUUUGAUGUGAAUCUGGGAUCACAAAGAGGUCAUGUUUAUGGAAUUUUAAACUUACAUUUUACAUACAGUUCCUUUAAUUUCCGAAGUUUAUGACUGACUUCAACGAUCUGGACUUCCAGCCAUUUGAACCAGUUCUGAGCCAUGAUAUUUUUACAGUGAAAUUAACCCAAAAGAAGUGAUAUCUUUGAGAGAAGCCGUGUUUUUUAAGGCAAUUCUGAGCAAUGUAAACGCCGCAACUGAAUAAAUGCAGAAGAGAGGAGUUUAAAGUUGCUG